GGUUCAAAUUUGGGUGUGUAUGUUAAUUGGUUAGUGGGCGAGUUAGUGAGUGUGAUUAGUUGGUUAGUUGGUUGUUUUAUGACGGUGAAAUCGGCAGUUAUGGCAUUUGGGAAGAGGAUGGCAUGUAAAGAGAUCAAAUGAUUUGACAUGAGAUUAACAUUAGUCGGUGGUUAAGUGGGGAAACUAAGGUUGUCUAACUACAAAGGCAUGCAGUGGCAUUACGUAACCUACAAUAAUUAAAUGUUAUAAACUUUUUGAAAAAGUCUUUCACUUGGUUUUUAGAUCUGUGAAGGCCCCAUCAGGUGUUAUAUCUUUUUCCAGCUGCCACUCACAUUUUUACUCACCAUCUAGUUAGUCCCUCUCCAAACUUCAUCUCCAUCAUAUCCCAACGUUACCCAGUUAUAUCCACAACCUAUAUAUAUUUGAGUUUCAUGAUCAUACAUAGUUUCAUGAUCAUACAUAACCAUGUUGACCCUUAAGGAUCUCAAUCUGACGAAGGACCAGAUCCAAAAGCUUCAGCAGAUGCUGAAGGAGGAGAGCAAGGAUGCUCCACAGCAGGAUUCCAAGGAGCCAUCGCCCAAGGACGACGAUCCGCAGCCAAGUCCAUCGAAAGGUGAGGCCAUAGCCCAGGCCCUGGGGAAUGUGCAGGUCUAUGUGGAGGCCGGAAAGCCAGAGGCCUUCGUUCAGCUGAAGCAGCCCCUGCUGCACAAGUUCGAGGUGACGCCCCAGGGAGUGGCCACCGGAUGCCCGGAAUCGGACAAAUUCAAUCGGGCGGACUCGGAGGAAAUCGCUCGCUGGCAGACGGGCAAGGCGAUCAACUUGGAUCUCGUUACAAGAAAGGAUGCCGAGCAAUUUGGCAAGAUUCAAACCGACGAUCGCACCGGGGAAACGUACAUGAUAGUGCCCAUGGACAUAAACAUACUGGUCGAUAAGACCACCCUAACGCCCGAUGUGGCCACGAAGACCAUCAGCGAGUACGAUGCCUACAAGGAGGAGACGGGACCGGGACAGACCUUCUACCUCUACCACGAACUCGAGGGGCAUCCGUGCAAGCUGCCACAAGCUGCCCUGGAUCAGAAUCCCCACACCAGCCAGGUUGAGCCCGUUCCACCGGAGAGCCGGAUCGACUGGGACUACCACAUGCACGAUUUCGAGGUGCCCCCCCUCAGUUUUCCCUUCGAACUCUCCUUUGACCCGGAUAUGGAUCGCUUGGUGGGCGGCGAAACGGAAACGGAAAUUGACAUUGAGGAGAAUAGAACGGACGAGGAUUCGGAAAGUCCAGAUCAAGACAUGCAACUAGUAGCUGAGGAUAUCAAUGAUCUCGAGGAGUUCCUUGAGGAUAUGGAGAUCUGAAGGGCAGACUCCAUCUCAGAAAAUGUUCUUACUAGCCAAAUUAGAUCUCAAGCACCUCCCUUUAAAACCCCUCGAUUACUAAGUUCGGUCCAACGCUGUAACUAAAUCUUUGCCUUAAAUUUG